CGUUAGAAGGCGGUUGUCAGCAAUACCCAAGAUGGCCGCGCGCAUGUGAAACGCGACGCGACGUGUUGCUUUUUUCAUCAAAAUUGGACGAUCAGAACACACGAGCGAUGAGCGGACAAGGAGAGGACGAUAGCGAUAUAUCUGAGGAAUUCUCAGGAGAGGAAAAUGAGGGAUGGGAUGAAGACAUCUCAGAUGAGGAUGAUGUCAUUGAUGAGGAGGAGGAGGAGGAGGAGGAAGAGACCAAUCAGAUGGAGGAAGCUGGAAGGAACAUCCAACAGCUAGCCAAAAGGGUGCUUGAAGAUGAAGAGACAACAGAUCAACCACCUACAAAGAGUGUCCGUACAGGGAAGCCGGACUUGUACAGGCCACCUACCAAUGAAGAGAUGAACCAACUGAAGGAGACGGAAAAUCUUUUCCAGUCCAGUCUUUUCAGGAUGCAGAUAGAGGAGCUUGUUUCUGAGGUCACACCCAAGAACAAGAAGAGCCCAGCCCUGGAUAAAGUACUUCACUCUUUAAACGAGAUUGUGAUGAAACUCCCAAAGACUGACUCCAAAGAGUUGACGGACCAGUCAUGGUUGCCUAGCAAUGUGAAAGUCCCAAUCCAGCAGUCACCAUACCAGGUCAAGGGUCACUUCCACUUCGCCCCUCCCACCAGUAUGAAGGUUGUGGGCAGUUAUCUGCUCGGCUUCUGCACCAAGCCUGGCAUGAAUGUGGAUGUGUUACUGGAGAUUCCCAAGGAGUGUCUACAAGCCAAAGACUACCUGAACCACAGAUACCACAGGAAGAGAGCCCUGUACCUGGCCUGCCUGGCUGCCAGCUUAGAUAAGCAGGACCUGUUCACCAGUGUCAUGUUCACCUUCUUCCACCAAGACUGCAACAAACCUGUCAUUUUACUGAAACCAUCUGGGAAGGCAGGAAAACAUUACACCAUCAGACUUCAUGCCUGUCCACCAGAGGGCUUCUUCAAACCCAGCCGCUUCCACCCAGACAAGAACAACAUCCGCAGUGACUGGUACAUGGGAAAGGGUAGAGAUCAAGACUCUGAGCCCCCCACCCCACACUACAACAGCAGUAUCCUGGUGGACAUGACGAUGGCAGAACACCUGCACCACCUGUUCUCCCUGUCAGCUGACUUCCCUGCCAUGAGGGAGGGGCUGGUGCUGCUCAAGGUGUGGCUGCAUCAGAGGGAACUGGACACGGGUUCAGGCUGUUUUAGUGGGUUCCUGAUGUCCAUGCUGCUGUCCUACCUGCUGUCUGCACACAAGCUCAGCAAGGUCAUGAGCAGCUACCAGAUCAUGAAGAAUGUGCUUCAGUACUUGGCUAACUCAGACUGGAGUACCCAGGGCAUCAGUCUAGCCAGUUGUGUAACAGCAGAAGAUGUGCCCACGUUGUCAGACUUUCACCAGGCCCACCAGGUGGUGUUUGUAGACCCUACAGGGCACCUGAACAUGUGUGCAGACAUGUCAACAGCAACAUAUGCAAGAGUAUGCCAUGAAGCCAGACAGGCUGUGGCUAUUUUGGAGGACAAGUCGCUAGAUGGGUUCCAGCUGCUCUUCAUGCAGACUGUGCCUUUUGCACACAAGUUUGAUCACAUCUUCCACAUCACCCGUGUGCCCAGACUGCGCCUGGUGUGUGAACACAUGAGUCUACAGGAUGCUGUCAUGGACCACUGUGGGAACUACCUCAUGGCUGCACUACCCAGCAUCCUCCAGCUGCUCAACAAGGCACUGGGGAACAGGGUCAGCCUCAUAGGGGUCAGGGGUCAUGACUUUGGACAGUGGUCCAUCGGUGACGCCCCUCCUAGUCUGAAGGACAUUGGGAGGUUAACGUUUGGUCUGCUGCUCAACACUGAGUUCUCCACAAGUGUGCUGGACAAAGGACCACCUGCAGACCAACCACAGGCUGCGGAGUUCUGUGAGUUUUGGGGAGACAAGUCCCAGCUGCGGAGGUUCCAGGACGGGACCAUCUGCGAGGCGGUGGUGUGGCAGGGCAGCAACAUUGCUGAGAGGAGACUGGUGUGCUGUCAAGUCAUUCAACACAUCUUGAACAGACAUGCUAAUAUCCCCCAAAGUAUCAUCAAAUACUUUGGUGGUCACUUGGACAGCCUGCUGUCCCGUCCCAACCUGCAAGGGGGCACUGCUGCACAGUCAACUGAUACUCAUGACAAGCUGCACAAGUCACAACCGCAAGGAAAGAAAGCAAAGAAAAGCAAGAAUGCACCAAAGGAGCAGCUCCUGGAUCCAAACCAAAACUCAACCUCACAUCCUGGGACUGGUGAUGAGGAGAAUGUUACAGUCAUGAGGGUCUACAACGACCUCUGUCGGAUCCUGCGGGGACUGCAGGACCUGCCUCUGAACAUCACCUCCAUACAGGGCACCUCUCCUGUCUUCAGAUAUGCUGAGGUGUUUCCCCCUCGCCCUGCCCACAUGAAGAAGACCAAAGACAAGACAGUGGUGCAGGGUCACAUCCAGGUGCCAGUCUCCGGGCAACCCUGUCCUCCUUUUGUUCCAGCUUUGAAAGUGAUUUGUCAUAUGGAGGGCAGCGGAAAGUGGCCAGAGGAUGCUGAUGCCAUCAGAAGAGUGAAGGCUGCUUUCCACAUCAAACUGGGAGAACUGUUACACAAGCAGCAUGGCCUGGUCACCAGUGCAGCUACAGGACAUGUGGACAUUGCCAUGGGAGGUUUUGUGUUCCAGCUGGUGAUUGCAUACCACCGAGAGGUCAAUAUCCUGAAGUUGGAGAAAACUGCGGAAGGUCUACUGAGAGAGAGAGACAACGAGGCUUCCCGACACCUGGAGCGGGAAACUGUCAUGCUGCCCAAACUCACGAGUGCUCUGCAUGGUCUGCAGCAGCUGUAUUCAUCGUUCAGCGGCUGUCUACGGUUGGCCAAACGCUGGGUGUCGGCUCAGCUCCUACACAGACACGUGCCUGACGUGAUGGUGGACCUGCUGGUGGCACAUGUCUUCCUCCACCCCCAGCCUCUCACCCCUCCUGGCUCCCCUGCUGUCGGGUUCCUGAGGUUCCUCCAUCUCCUCAGCACACAUGACUGGAAGAUGAACCCUCUCAUCGUCAACUUCAACAGGGAACUCAAAGCCGCAGAUUUGCAGGAAAUCUCCAACCAGUUCACUUCCUGUCGCUCCCAGCUGCCAAUCAUGUUCAUAGCCACGCCUAACAACAAGCUCACAUCCCAUUGGACAAAAGCUAAGCCCACUGUCCAGGUUCUCCAGAGGUUGAUCUCCCUGUCCCAGGAGGCCCUGAAAAUGCUUGAGGUUCAGAUUCUGACAGCGAGUGAUGGGACAGACUUUAAGCAAGUGUUCCGGCCUCCCCUUGACAUCUACGAUGUCAUCAUUCACCUCAAUCCAUGGAACGUUCCACGUCGGUCUGAGGGGGUGGACUACUUGAAGCUCAAAGGCUGCAGGGACGUACCAACUGAUGGUGGGAUGGGACAGGGUAGCAAAGAGAUCCUACCUGUGGUAGAGUUUGAUCCGGUCCAGAUGUAUCUUGAGGAAUUAGAGGACACAUAUGGAGAUAUGGCACUGUUUUUCCAUGACCCCUGUGGAGGUCUUUACAUCACGGCACUGUGGAAACCUGCCGCAUUCACAGCCAAACCAUUCAAGGUUACGACCUUGAAUGGCCGUGCGCCUGACCUUGACCAGUCAGGAGAAGACCUGAUGAUGAUUCCAAAUGUGGCGGCCAUUUUGGAAGACUUCCACUCCCUUGGGAAAGGCUUGGUGAUAUUAGUAGAUGUCAAAAAAGAAAGACCUGUUGUUAGAUAGUAAAGAUUUCUUACUUUCUUUUAUAUCGGAUAUCAGAACUGUUAUAGCAUCCUAUUGUGUUAACCCUAAUUUUUAUUUUGUGCAAAAUUCACUUUGCUAACAACUCAUACAAAUGUUAUUUAUCCAGCAGCAGCUAUAGUGUUAAAUUGAGGUAACACAUGUAGUUUGUAAUGUAUCUAAUAUGAUUUUGAUGAGAAUAAGAACAACUGGGGCUUAGUAAAUUUCUUCGAAACACAUGUAACAGUUAUAUGUGUAAGAUGUCAUUUUCGUAUCCCUCUUGAAAGUGAAAGUGAUGUCGAUCCAGUUUAGCUCAGUGAAGAGCUAUUCUUUGACUGGUAGUGACAGAGAAGACAGAUGCUAUGUACAGUAUUUGCAAGUUCAUUGCACCAGGGAAAUCCACUAGAUCUUUUCAACAAGCACAAUGAACAGUGGACCACAACUUAACGUCCCGUCCUAAGGACUGCAACCUUUUAAUAAAACUACCAAAAAGGCACCUUUAAAAGUAGGUUUGUAUCUAUUUCUUAUAGUUUCGCCACAAGGGAAAGUAUUUAUUCUUUCUAAGAUGCAUAACCAGAUGGAGCAAGGGACACCGUGCUUGAAAGAUACCAAUUGUAGACUAUAACAAAGCUAACGUUCUAAUAGUACUGCCAAAGGUUAUACUAAGGGAAAACAUACGUUGUAGAAUACACCGUCAAAACCAUACUGGGACACCUUGUUCUACUGUAUUCUGCGGUAUCUAAUUAACAACAAUCUCACAUCUAAU